CACCUGGGGAAUGGGGCGCGGCCUGUGCCAGGUGUAGUUUGUGGGGAGACGGGUUGCGGAAGCCAUGUCCAGGAGGAAAGUUAUGCAAUUUGUUUGUAACAAGAUGGCUUCUUACUGGGUCUGCCUACUGGCACUGCUCAGUGGACGAGUGCUUGUGACAAGAUCCUUUUCGGUGACAACUCGUACUCCAGAGGUUAAAGUGUCGCUUGGAGCAGCCGCGGAGCUUUUCUGUCAGUACUCAGCGGAUUUCGGCGAGCCGCGGGUGGAAUGGAAAUUCCAGGACCUCCAGGACUCACAAACACUCGUGUAUUACAACAAUGAGAUCACCAAGAACUAUCAGGGCCGUGUGGACUUCUCACCUAGUGCUCUCCACUUCAAGGAAACCCAGGCGACGGACAGCGGUCUGUACAUAUGUGACGUGAACACGAUUGACGGCUCUCAGUUCGGCUCUGUCACCGUCACCCUCGUGGUGAAGGUGCCCCCUGCAGUCCCGACAGCCAGCGUGCCCACCUCGGUGACGACAGGUAGCAAGGCAGAGCUGAAGUGUUCGGAGAGCCGGGGUUACCCACGGCCCUCCUACCGCUGGUAUCGAGACCAGGUGUUGAUGCCCGAGAAGCCGGCCAGCAGCCCCACCUUCCGCAACUCCUCGUACACCAUCCAGCCCGAGAUGGGCUUAUUGAUCUUUGACCGAGUGAGUAAGGUUGAUGCUGGGGAGUAUGUGUGUGAGGCCAGUAACAAAGUUGGUCAGCCAGUGAAGAGCAGCCCACCCAUUCGCAUGGAAGUGUACGACACCAACGUGGGCGGGAUUGUGGCUGGGGUGAUCGUAGCCCUCCUCAUUUUGGCCUUCCUCGGGAUUGGCAUCUGGUUUGCCUACCGCAAGGGAUACUUGGGGCGUAAGUACCACAUUCUGCAGUGAGGGGUGGGGAGCAGGCCCCACAUCCUGGCUGGGUGUCUCCUCCUUGGUGGGUUGAGGAGGUGCUGACUGAUGGAGAAGGGUGAUAGAAGUUGUAG